GUAACGAGAAUCGCGAGCAAACCACGGGAGCUCAUGUGUCUAGUCUGACCUGCAACUGCGGGAAGUUGCAGGUCAAGUCAGUCCAUUCCUUGUUCCCCCUUGCAACGUCUCCUACCGCGUCCUCGGUACCAAGGAAUCUCGCAUAUGGGGGAUUAUGUAGGUAAACACCCGAUCCUGAAACAACGACAUCUCUCCCAUCAGCAUCGGAUUUCGACCGCAUUCGAAACCCAGAAGCAUCAAUACCUACCUACCUGACCUGUCUGUACCUCACUCAAGCAUCGCCCACACAACCACUUCAACGAGGAGGCCACCACAAUGAUGCACCACUUCCUGCAUCUCCUCCUCGCUCUCUCCUCCUCCUCAGCCAUCACCUCCACUACAGCCCACCCAUCCGCCAAAUCCGACACCCUCGCGGCCCCGAAGCCAAUAUCACUCGACGAUGAAAGCAGUAUCUUCACCCGGGCCGCUCUCAACUCCUCCUCUCCCGCACCAAACGCCACCGUCGAGCUCUGCACCGAACCUCAAUUCAAAGGAGAAUGUGUCAAUUCCACCUGGCCCAUCAACACUUGCAUUUCUCUGAAUGGAUAUGCCGGCUCCGUCCUCUCCUUCCAACCCAUCCCAGGCUACGAAUGUCUCCUCACCCAAAAACGCUGCAACGUCGCCAUGCCCUACAUUUCCAUCGGCUCCGACGACGAAACCAACACGGCCGGAGACGAUCUCUCGAAUUUGUCAUGGAUUGCAAAUUCAGACAGUUAUAUGUGCUUUACAGAAUUGGAGGCUCUGCGCCGCUUUGUGCGAAUGCGCUUGAGAGUUCCCCUCAGAGAGGCCACGGGCGUGAGUCGGAUGGCGGAUGUGCAGAAGCGGAGGAGGGAUGAUGAUGCUUCCUCUUCUUUCCAGACAAAGACAAAGAGGGAGGAGAAGAUGACGAAGGAAAAAAGAUGGACGUGGGUGGAUGAGGUGGCGGAGAAUUUGGAGCGGGAGAAUGCGAGAGCGGCACUUCGGGACGCUUAGACUUACCUAGAGUGAUUGAGUGAGAUGGACGCCAUUGGUAGUGGUUGCGGAUGAUAAGUAGGGUGUAGGAGACCAGACAAGGCAGAAAAGAUUAUAUGAGAUGCAGCAAUUGUAUUCUGAGACCCUUUGCAGUACGUCGAGCUAUUGAAGCAGGCAGGCUAUGUAGGUGACAG